AGUUAUAUGCUUGAGUUGAAAACAGAAGCGUGCUGUCUGGAGAAUAAGCAAUCCACUGCUGCUUCUUGCUCCUCUGUUUCCGAAGGCAGUGGCAGCCCAAUUAACAAGUCCACAGAGAUGUGUAGCCCUGCAUCUACAUCGCCCUUACACCGGAGGACCACUGGCCCUAUAAGGCGUGCAAAGGGAGGUUGGACAGCAGAAGAGGAUGAGACAUUAAGGAAUGCUGUUGCAACUUACAAGGGCAAGAAUUGGAAGAAAAUAGCUGAGUAUUUUCCUGAUAGAACAGAAGUUCAAUGCCUUCACAGAUGGCAAAAAGUUCUCAAUCCAGAACUUGUUAAAGGUUUUGUGCAGGAGGAUGAUAAAAUUGUUGAACUGGUCUCCAAAUUUGGGCCUACAAAAUGGUCUCUUAUAGCCAGGUCUUUGCCUGGUCGAAUAGGGAAACAGUGCCGAGAGCGAUGGCACAAUCAUCUUAAUCCUGACAUAAAGAAAGAUGCCUGGACUUUGGACGAGGAAUUGGCCCUGAUAAAUGCUCAUCAUACCCAUGGGAACAAAUGGGCUGAAAUAGCCAAGGUUCUUCCUGGAAGAACUGAUAAUGCAAUAAAGAACCACUGGAAUAGUUCUUUGAAGAAAAAGUUGGAUUUUUAUUUAGCUACAGGAAGACUUCCACCAGUGCCAAAGAACAAUGCACAAGUUGCUGUCAAAGAUACAAUUAGACUUUCUACUUCUAAAACAAUUCCGGUUUGUUCAAGUAAAGAAUUAAAUUUAGCUGUUAAAACACCAUCUGAACCUACAACUAUUAGUAUGCUAGAUGAGAGUGGCAUGAAUCAGUCAUCCCCAGGGACAGUUAGAGAUGUUCGUGAUUCUUCAAGUGUUCCUGCUAAUGAAUCUGCUGAUUCUGACGGUGUAGAAUGCAAACCUGGAUCAUCCAACAUAGAUCUCGCCUGUAGCAACUCAAAGCCUGUGUCAAUAGUUAAUUUCAGAAUAACUUGUGGGACAAAUUUUGAGAAUUCUGGACUAAGUGUAAACUCAAAGUUUGAGCGGUGUGUAGACAAUUGUGAAAUGAGUUGCAGCAGCAGGUCUAUCAGAACAACUUUCUCCCAAGAAAGUCCUACCUGUGGUUCUUUGUGUUAUGAGCCGCCUCAGUUAAGUGGUUCAGUUCCUUUAGAUUAUCUUUCUUUAAGCCUGCAGAAUGAGUACUGCUCUAAUCCGAUGUUGUCGCCUAUCGAUUACUUCACUCCAGCUAGUGUGAAGGGUAGUGAAUUAUGCAGUGAGACACCUGAAUCAUUUUUGAAAAAAGCUGCUGAUACUUUUCCAAACACUCCUUCCAUAUUGAGGAGGAGACGGAACAGAGUCGAAACACAAACCCCUCCUUGUAAACUUUUGAAGGUAGAAAAUCAUUCUUGUACUUCUAAUGAAUCAGAGAGAACCAAGGAUAAUUCUGGUUCUGAGGUUGGGAGGUUCUCUGAGAAUCCAGCAAGCCAUGACAAUGAGAGUGACCUUCCCAAGGCUUACAAUGCAUCUCCACCAUACCAGUUGAGAUCCAAGCGAACAGCUGUUCUCAAGUCCGUGGAGAAACAACUAGAAUUUGCAUUUGAGGAAAAAAAAAUGAAAGCAAUUUCAACUGAAUGAAAAUACCUGCAAAGAGUAGCAAUGUGAUUAUGAAGAUUGCCCCAGGAAACAAAAUUAGUUGCAACAUAGCAAAUAAUUUAAUUGAUUUAGGUACUUUAUUGAUUCUGGCUGGUUCUUCCAAAUGGUUUGAUCACGUUCGCGUAUUUCGGGAAGACAGUUUGGAUAGUUGGUUUUUCAUUUUCAUCACACGUGAACAGAAUUCAGCAGCUGUAGGAUCCGAUAAGUGGAAAAAACUUGUGCGGCUUAUUCAUCUGGGCAGAUUGUGUGCAAGAGGAGCUGAUUGAAAAAAUUGUUCCAGGAGAUGAUGAUGAUGAAAGGAAAAUGAACUUUGCAUGGCAGGUGGACAAAAUGGAAGCAGACAUUAGAAAUCUGAAAUUCAUGACUCAAGUUCUUGGGUUUGGGUUGUUAGUAGUUGUUGUUUUUGUAGGAAUGGUGCUG